GGGACUGGAGCGGGAGGGAGAAGAUGGCGGAGGCCGAGUGAGUGCCGUGGUCGUGGCGGCUGCAGCCGUACGGAGGGGACGGGGUUUGGGAAUCUCCUAAUUGAGGAGAGUCAAAAUACUACUUGCAGCCAAGUCCUCCUCAGUCAGCCUGUUGGAUGUCUCUCAGUACAUAAGAAGUCAUGGCAGAAAAUGAUGCAAAGCCAACCUUACCAAAAAAAUGUGGCCCAUAUAUUUCAUCUGUAACCAGUCAUGGCAUGAAUUUGGUAAUUCGUGGUAUAGUGCUGUUUUUUAUUGGCGUAUUUCUUGCAUUAGUAUUAAACUUGCUUCAGAUCCAGAGAAAUGUUACUCUCUUCCCCCCUGAUGUGAUUACAAGCAUCUUCUCCUCAGCUUGGUGGGUACCACCUUGCUGUGGCACAGCUUCAGCUGUGAUUGGAUUAUUGUACCCAUGCAUGGACAGACAUCUGGGAGAACCACAUAAAUUUAAGAGAGAAUGGUCCAGUGUAAUGCGAUGUGUAGCGGUCUUUGUGGGAAUAAAUCAUGCCAGCGCUAAAGUGGAUUUUGCCAACAAUAUCCAGCUGUCUCUGACAUUAGCAGCCCUGUCAAUUGGACUGUGGUGGACGUUUGAUAGAUCACGAAGUGGCUUUGGUCUUGGAAUAGGAAUUGCUUUCCUGGCCACAUUGGUGUCACAACUUCUGGUCUACAAUGGAGUUUAUCAAUACACAUCUCCAGAUUUCCUUUAUGUUCGUUCCUGGUUGCCAUGUAUAUUUUUUGCUGGUGGAAUAACUAUGGGCAAUAUUGGUCGGCAGUUGGCAAUGUACGAAUGCAAAGUCAUUGCAGAGAAGUCUCACGAGGACUGAGGAGAAACAAACAAUAUGCACUUUUUAAACAGGAAAAUAUCUGACAAAUGACUGUUGGAGGAGCAUAAGGAACACUUGACUAUGAAAUUGCCAAAAUGCAAUUUUUUUUCCCUUGAGUGGUAUACUUUACUGCAAUCUGUGAUUGCUGCUUCUAUAGAAACCUUUACGUCUGAUUUUGAUUACUGUGAAGUUACAAUAGUAUGCAAUACAUCUGACAACAUUGGUUCAAUUACAGGAUUCUUUUUUUUUCCAAAUCUACACUGAGUUUACCAUAAACUCUCGUCUGUCCAUAAUGUUGCAGUGCCAAACUGAACCUUUGCACUACGUUUCUGUAGCUGGAACUUCUGCUUAACUUUAUCUUGAAAGUUUCGACAAAUUUGUUCUUAAUAGCUCAAUGAAAGUCAGGGGGUUCAAAUUUAGGAAUGAAGAUCUCUUUUCAUGGUGAUAGCUCAUAAUAUCUUUAUGAAAUUAAUGAGUGAGCUUUUAUGCAAUAAGUAACUAUUUCUGCCUAUUAACACACUGUAUCCUUCUUUUACUCACAUCACAGGUGAGGAAACUUAAUACAGAUCACAUGGGUUAGUGCCAUGGCAUUUCGUUGGUCUGUGGCACGUGCCCAGUGUCACAGAACACAGAAAUGGAAACUGAGGCUGGAAAUUAUUUGCUGUUUUUCCUCUAGUACAACCAGUAUCCGUGUUUGUACAUGAAUGUAGGUGGCCUAUCAGAUGUGGACGGAUUCCAAAACUUCUUAUUGUGUUGGGUAAUGGGAUACAUUUCCGGCUGUUCUUGUACAAUCACUCAAGCUGACUUGUCUUGAUCCCUUCUGAAAAAAAACCCAAACCUUAGGGAAUUUUUAUUGUGAGACUUAACUCUGCUGAACUAAAUCAGCCACUACCAUAUAGUGUCAUAAACCUCUCCAUUACUAAUGUUACUCAUAAUAGUUUUUGCCUACUACCUGCUCUGUUCACAGGGAUCAGCAGGAGGAGGCAGGGCUCUAUUUUAGGUUACUGAUGUAGCUCUUUAUUGCUGUGACUGUAGUCCAGGCAACCAUAAAUACAUUCGUUCUUAUAGCAGUUUUCUGAGGUAGAGAAAUGCUGUUACCCCUAUUUUACAAGACAGAGAGCUGAAAUAGGCUGUGUGCAGAUUGAUUUCCUUCUUAAGAAGAAGGAUUUUUAGUGUGUGACCCAUAUUUAGGGGCAUACGUGGAAUUUCCUCUUGGCUUUGCAGCUCCCUUUUAAGACCAUGAAAUAAAAGAACUUGUGCAAGAAGACAGAAAGUAGACUUCAAGAGGACGCUGCUAACCUGUGCCAGCAGAUUUGGCAUGGAAUGUCUCUGCUUUGUUUCCCCCUCCUGUCUCUGUGUUGAUGAUGUUUUAAUGUAUUCGUUUUCAUUUUUUGUCUUGAAGUACUAUCUUUUAAAUCUUCCAUGAAAGGUUUAUAAGACAUGUUACAGUCACCUAGGGAGACUGGAGUUGGUCCAAAGAACAAAUAGAUGUUUAGACAAGUUUUUGUUAAUAAAUGUGUAUAUGCCUUUGUACACGAAGCUUGAAAUAGACAACUGUUUCAGCUUUAUAUGCUUACGUCUGAAAAGUACGCAAUGGAGUGCUUCCAAAAGCGUUGUAACAAAAGGGGUGGUCACAAAAGGAGAAUUGCUUGAAUUGGAGAAGUGUAAAAAUAAUAAAUAAGCAAAUGCUGUAUAAAAAGCUUGUUUCUUCAGCUCCACAAAGUUCCAUCAGCUUAUCAGGGUUCCGUGACAAUUCAGCACCCAAAGUACACUUCCAUUGGGUAACGUUUCAGGAAAGCACUUAGAGAUGCACUUUCCUUUAAGCAGAGGUAAAACAUGUUUUAAGUAGAUCCCUGACUGGAGAUUUUCUUUUACUCAAACUGUAGUGUUUCAUUAGUAAAACCAAGAAACUCUUAGGGCAAAAGCUAAGGCAUGAGUUUCUUUAGGCAGGCUCUGACAUUUCACUAAAGAGGCUAUUGAGUCCUUUUCCAUACAGUAUUUCACCUCAUCCACCUUCUUUACCUAAACACGUGGCCUCAGCUUGGUAGGCAGCAUGAUGGUAAUUCCUAUUUAAUUACCAGGGCAUGAAUGGCAUAAAAUCUUUACCCUAAUUGUCGGAAAUAACACUAUACCUCAGUAGCCAGUGUGCUAACUUGGUAAACAAUUCAGUUUCAUCAUGACCAGUAAGUGCAUACAACCAGAGAUGAGUAGUUUUUAUUAUUCAUUUGGUGGUAGAACUACUUUUACCUGCCAGUCUUAAAUAUUUAAACAGGAGAAGCCUUGUUAUCUGUGAGAAGUGGUUAUUGUGCAUCUGUGGCACCCACCUUACAACACUUAGCACUCAAGAUUUGUCUAAACCUGAUUCGACUGGGCCGUUCGCUGCCUUGUUUUAAAUUUCGUUUUGGAAAUUUGGAGCAUGUUGUGCAAAGACAACAAUCAUCCAAAAUAAGUUGGGGUGGAGUCCUUCCUUAUACGUGUUUUAUUAUGUUUAUUCUUGUUUGACUGGAGUCGGUACAGGGCUCAAAUCUUGGAUGUCAUGGUUUUGUUCCAAACUGCAAUUGUCAUGUUGUGGCUGAUAUGUUCAAACCCUGAAAAACCUUCACGAUGAGAAUGCUGCCACGGCCUUAACUGUAGUGGUGUGAACAUGCUGCUACUGGAUAGCGUGUAAUUAUAACAUUAGACUUGUCUUAAAAAUGUUGUUCAAUAGAGAAUGGAUAAGGUAUAUUUUAGAUACCACUUUAUAAGCACUAUAACCUCUUCACUCAUUAAGCGUUGUAAGGUCUAUGCUGUUUAAACUGGCAAAUUGCUGUUCAGAGCAAAGCGUGCAUUAAAUACAAUUCCAACCUUG